CUUUAAUUUACUUUUUGAUUAUUUCAGUGAGGGAGAGAGACUACAUGACCUAUUACAUUAAUAAGGCACUUGAUAGAAUAUACCAAACUGCUGAAUAUGCUGGCUGAUAAUUUAUUGUUAAAUUCUGAGGUUUGUAGUACUGCUUGGUCACAAAAACCAUGGAGAGCUUUCUGUGCCUGAAAGUUUCCUUCAUAUUGCUAUUACUAGUGCAUUGUGUUGUAGUGCAUGUGCAUGGUGAUGGUAUAGAUGAUUUGCAGCCACUGUCCAAGAUUGCCAUCCACAGGGCCCUCUUUGCAUUUAACGUUAAUGCUUCCCUCAAAGCUGAACCAGUCCUUCUUGGCACCAAGGGGGAAGAUUUUCAAUGGAUAACAGUGGAACUUGAAUGCCCUGACCCCUCAGAAGAUGAUUGGGUUGCAGUUUUUUCGCCUGCAAAGUUCAACUCAUCUACCUGCCCACCUGUUAUUUUCCCAGGACAAGAGGCUCCACAUCUAUGCACAGCUCCAAUAAAGUAUAAGUUUGCCAAUGAUUCCAAUGCUGAGUAUAUGAAGACAGGGAAAGCAUCUUUAAAAUUUCGACUGAUUAAUCAGAGGGCAGAUUUCUCAAUUGCAUUAUUCUCAGGUGGUUUGUCACAUCCAAAACUAUUGGCAGUUUCAAAUACUGUAACUUUUGCAAAUCCAAAGGCACCAGUUUAUCCUCGCCUCUCUCAAGGGAAGUCUUGGAAUGAAAUGGCAGUAACCUGGACAAGCGGCUAUAACAUUAUUGAUGCUGUGACUUUUGUUGAGUGGGGUUUUAAGGGAGAAUCUCAAACUCAAUCACCAGCUGGAACGUUGACUUUUCAUCGUGAAGCCAUGUGUGGUCCACCAGCUAGAACAAUUGGUUGGCGCGAUCCUGGUUACAUUCAUACAAGCUUCUUAAAAGAUUUGUGGCCAAACUCACUAUACACAUACAAGCUAGGCCAUAGGUUAUUUAAUGGUUCCUACAUCUGGAGCAAGUCUUAUUAUUUUAAGUCAUCACCAUAUCCAGGGCAGGACUCAUUACAGCGUGUUGUAAUAUUUGGUGACAUGGGAAAGGCUGAACGGGAUGGGUCAAAUGACUCAAAUGAGGACAAAAAUUAUCAGCCGGGGUCACUUAAUACCACAGAUCAACUCAUCAAAGAUUUGGACAACAUUGACAUACUUUUUCACAUUGGAGAUAUCACAUAUGCAAAUGGAUAUAUCUCGCAGUGGGACCAGUUCACAUCACAGGUUGAGCCCAUUGCAUCAACUAUACCAUAUAUGAUUGCAAGUGGCAAUCAUGAACGUGAUGUACCAGGGACAGGCUCCUUCUUUGAAACCAAUGAUUCUGGUGGUGAAUGUGGUGUGCUUGCUGAGACCAUGUUUUAUGUUCCUGCUGAGAAUAGAGCUAAGUUUUGGUAUUCAACGGAUUAUGGCAUGUUCCACUUCUGUAUAGCUGACAGUGAACAUGAUUGGAGGGAGGGCUCUGAACAGUACAAAUUUAUAGAGAAAUGUCUUGCAUCAGCUGAUAGGCAGAAACAACCAUGGUUGAUUUUUGCAGCUCAUCGUGUUCUUGGUUAUUCCUCCAAUUAUUGGAAGGAUGGCUCAUAUGGGGAGUCUAUGGGAAGGGAGAGCUUGCAAAAGCUCUGGCAGAAGUACAAAGUGGACAUUGCAUUCUAUGGUCAUGUUCAUAAUUAUGAAAGAACAUGCCCCAUUUACCAGAAUCGCUGUGUGAAUACAGAAAAAACUCACUAUUCAGGCACGGUGAAUGGAACAAUCCAUAUAGUUGUAGGAGCAGGAGGGUAUCGAUUAAAUUCAGAUCCACAAUUAAAAACCAAUUGGAGUAUUUAUACCAAAGUUUCUGGCUUUGGUUUUGGCAAACUCACUGCACUCAACCACUCAUCCCUUCUCUUUGAAUACAAAAGGAGCAGUGAUGGUGAGGUAUAUGAUUCCUUCACCAUUUCAAGGGACUACAGGGAUGUGUUAGCAUGUGUACAUGAUGGCUGUGAACCAACCACAUUAGCUACAUGAGUUAAUAUAAUUCAGCUUUGUACUUGAAAAUAAAAUGGUCCUCCAUUAUCAAUGCAGUUUUAGUAUUACUACUUCAAAAUAAACACGAAGUUAUGAACUUCAGUUAUGAGUUUAUAUUAUUCAUCUUUGCUUUUCUUUGACAUGGA